AUGGACGUUGGGACGAAGAAUCCCGUUCUGGAUUUGGAAGCGCUGCGCGUUUCAAUCUCCAGAACUCCUUCUGUUCUCGUCAUUUUGUCCACCAUCACUGCUUACAUCAUCAAGGUGUUCGACAAGAAGCCCGCUUCAUUCGAGUUGGUUGAGAAAAAUGUGUUGUUUUACAUUUCCGAAUAUAUUUCUCCUGAAUCAUUUGGUGAAUCAAUCGAGUUCUCCAUUUCCGUUUUGCUGCUCUGGCUUUCGUACUCGCUCUGUUACAAUCUUUUGCUCCGAUGGACUUUGACCUACAAGGGCUGGAUUUUCGAAGGUCGCGGAAAUACGACUCUGUUCACGCGAGUCUGGGCGGUCUCGCUGAGACUGCUCACUGCUGGAAAACGAGGCUUUAGCUAUUUCUAUCAAUUCUGCCCGCAUCUGCAUGUCCCCGAGUUGGAAAACACCGUCCGAAGAUAUCUUCAAUCGAUGAAGCCGCUCAUCACGGACAAAGAAUUCGCCGAAUUGAAGCGACUCUCUGACGAUUUUUUAACCGGGGUCGGUCCAGCGCUGAACUCUGCCCUCACCAAGAAAUCCUGGCUGUCGACGAAUUACGUAACUGACUGGUGGGAAGAAUACGUUUACCUUUCCUCACGAGAUUCAUUGAUGAUCAACUCGAACUACUUUGGGCUCGGGCAAGAACGAAUUCCUUCCUUCCGAAGCACCUCCCGCAUUGCUGACGCUGUCAUCGACGGAAAAGUGCCACCAAUCAAGCUUCAAAAGCUCGUCCCUCUCUGCCCGAUGCAGUACAAACGCGCUUUCGGCACCAAUCGCACCCCUGGAAAAGACAAAGACGCCCUAGUGCUCCACGAACAGAGCAGUCACAUCGUCGCAUUUUCCAAAAACGCCGUUUACAGCAUCGAAGUGGUGGAUAAAAACGGUGAACACCUUCUCACCCCGAAGCAGCUAGAAUCGACCUUCGACGCGAUCCGGAAAUCAGAACCGACGGAAGCGGAAAAAAUCGAAUAUCUCGCCGCUGGAACUGCGCUUUCUCGUGACAAGUGGGCAUCGAUCAGAGAAGCGAUCAAUUCCGAUGCGCAGAAUGAAUAUUCCUUGCAGAAAAUUGAAUCGGCUUUGUUUCAUGUUUGGCUUGACGAUUCGCCGGCAAAUGUUUCCAAGCCCGCUUCAAUGGUCGAGUUUGCCAGGAGAUGCCUCCACGGAUCUGGACAAAAUAUCUGGUUUGACAAGUGUUUUUCCAUCAUUGCCGCUUCGAAUGGCCAUAUCGGACAAAAUGUCGAGCACACAUGGGCCGAUGGAGCUGUCAUUCUUCACAUUACGGAAGAAGUCCAGGUUUUGGAACACUUGCUGAUCGAAUACGCGCCUGAUACAGGAAUGAUUCUCAGCAAAGAGAAAGAAAUCACCCCAGAAUUGGAAAUUCUCAAAUGGAACUCGCUUGAAGAACCUCUCGCGCAAAUAUCAAAAGAACUGCCAACCGUCGAGAAAGAAAUCAACAAUCUUUCGUUAUCGCAACUCACCUUUACCAAAUUCGGCAAGAUCGAGAUCAAGAAGUGGCGCCUCUCGCCCGAUGCAAUUUGCCAAUUGGCCUACCAACUCACCAAUUUCAAGAUUAGAAACAAAUUCUCCAUGACGUACGAGGCUGCCCUUGCUCGCAUUUUCAAGGAUGGUCGGACGGAAACAAUCAGAAGUUGUACUACUGCCUCAGCUACUUUUGUGAAAGAAAUGCUCAACAAAAAAUCAGACAAUCAAAAGCGACGAAACGCCUUGAAAGCGGCAGUUACGACUCACGGAGAAUUGACAAAGCACGCAAUGGUCGGAGAAGCUGUUGAUCGUCACUUAUUUGCCCUUUGCGUUGCCUCUCGUGGGUUGAACAUGGAACAUGAGUUUUUGAACAAAUACAGAAACGCGAAAUGGGAAAAUGUCAGCGGCUGGGAGCUUUCUACCAGCUGCGCUCCAGUUGCUCUUGGAGAACUUUACAACCCGAAAAAGUAUCCUCAUUUGGAAACGGUCUUUACCGGUUUUGGCUGGACCAAUGGCUUCGGAAUCGGUUACAUAAUCGGCGACGAUCGACUGGUCUUCUCUGUUUCUUCAUCGAAACAACAAAAUCUCGAUUCGCAACAAUUCUGCGAAACACUCGCAGAAUCCCUCCUUGAGAUUAGCGCUCUCUUCGACUGA